CUGUUUUGCUUCUCUUGGGAAACAACUUCUUCCCUAUUCCAGUGUGGAAAGUCUUGAGAAAGAAUUUCUCUCUCAAGCUUUCCUGUCUCCGGCGGCGAUCUAUUAUUGGUGUUCACUUGCUGGAUUGCUUUCCCAUCGCUUGUGAAUUGUUAUUGAACCUCUUCAAUCAUGUUUGGUCGUGUCCCAAAGAAGAGCGAUAACACCAAGUAUUAUGAGAUUCUUGGUGUUUCAAAAAGUGCAAGUCAAGAUGAAUUGAAGAAGGCAUACAGGAAGGCUGCCAUGAAGAAUCAUCCUGACAAAGGUGGAGAUCCUGAGAAAUUUAAGGAAUUGGGUGAAGCUUAUGAGGUUCUCAGCGAUCCAGAUAAAAGAGAAAUAUAUGAUCAAUAUGGUGUAGAUGCUCUUAAAGAGGGAAUGGGAGGAGGUGGUCCUUCUCACAGCCCAUUUGAUAUAUUUGAAACGUUCUUUGGUGGUGGAGGCUUUGGUGGAGGAUCCUUUGGUGGUGGUGCUAGCUCAAGGGGAAGAAGGCAGAAGCAAGGUGAAGAUGUCGUGCAUACCCUAAAAGCUUCCCUAGAAGAGUUGUACAAUGGUACAACAAAGAAACUUUCACUUUCGAGAAAUGCUCUGUGCCCUAAAUGUAAAGGUAAAGGUUCAAAGAGUGGUGCCUCUACUAGCUGUUAUGGAUGCCAGGGGUCAGGAAUGAAAAUUACUACAAGACAAAUUGGGUUGGGCAUGAUCCAACAGAUGCAGCAUGUCUGUCCUGAAUGUAGAGGCUCAGGAGAGGUAAUCAACGAGAGAGACAGAUGCACACAAUGCAAAGGAAACAAGGUAAUUCAGGAAAGGAAGGUGCUGGAGGUGCAUGUUGAGAAAGGGAUGCGCAAUGGCCAGAAAAUUGUGUUUGACGGACAAGCUGAUGAAGCUCCGGAUACUGUUACAGGGGACAUUGUCUUUGUAUUGCAAGAGAAGAGUCACACCAGAUUUGAGAGACAGUAUGAUGAUCUCCAUGUAAAACACAACAUCAGUUUAACAGAGGCUCUCUGUGGGUUUCAGUUUGCCUUAACUCAUCUGGAUGGCAGGCAGCUUCUUGUUAAAUCAAACCCUGGCGAGGUCAUCAAGCCUGGUCAAAACAAAGCAAUCAAUGAUGAGGGAAUGCCACACCAUCAAAGACCUUUCAUGAAAGGCAGGCUAUACAUCCAUUUCAAUGUUAAUUUCCCAGAUUCUGGAAUUCUUUCACCUGAGCAAUGUCGGACCUUGGAGACUAUAUUAUCGCCAAAGCCAAACAGGCGAUUAACAGACAUGGAGCUUGAUCAAUGUGAAGAGACUACUUUGCGUGAUGUCAACACGGAGGAGUUUAGAUGGAAGCCACAGCAGCAGCAGCAGCAGCAGCGGCAGCGGGAAGCAUACGAGGAAGAUGAUGAUGAUGAUGAUGAUGAUGAGCACUCAAUGCCAAGAGUGCAGUGUGCCCAACAGUAGGAGAUCUGCAGCCUUCUGUGGCCUUCCCUGUCAACCAUAUUUUACUGAUCCACUAGAAAGUUGUUACCUAUGGAACUCUGUGGCGGUGUCAGUUUAUCCAGUUGGAUGUUAUGCUUAUUUUGUCCCAAGAUUAUCUAGUUUGCAUUUUGACUUGUUUAUCUCAAGACUUUUUAUAAGCAUUCAAUUAUUAGAUUAAUGGUGAGAUGUUAUAUUUGAUAUGUAUACCUAUAUAAUACAAGUUUAUUUUGUUU